UCAGGAAAUGGGUUUUUCUGCUAAAUCAACUAGCUCUCUUCUUUUUAUAUGCAAUCGCUUGAAAAUUACGGUACGCCUUCCAUUUCAUUCUUAUUAUUAUAAUUCUACUCUUACUAGUAGAGAAAAUGUGGAAAGCCCAAAUGGGUUGUUGGAAUAUGUGAGAGUUGUGUGCAAAUCUGGAAGCUUUAGGAAUCUUGAUCAUGCCUUAGACCUGUUUGAUAAAAUGCUUCACUUAAGCCCUUUGCCUUCCAUUGUGGAUUUCACUCAGUUUUUGGCUGCCAUUGCAAGAAUGAAGCAUUACUCAGUAGUCAUUAAUCUAAUUGGACAAAUGGAAUCGUUAGGAAUUGCUCCCAAUGUUUAUACUCUCACUGUUUUGAUUAACUGCUUUUGCCACUUGAACGGAGUAGAUUUUGGGUUCUCGAUCUUGGCAAGACUUUUGAAACUUGGUUAUCAACCAAACCAUAUAACUCUAAGCACUCUUGUCAAGGGCCUCUGUCUCCAAGGUAACAUUGCUGGAGCUGUGAGGUUGGUAGAUGAAAUGGAGAAGAAAGGCUAUGAACCUAAUGAAAUUACUUGUGGAACAAUAGUACAUAGUUUGUGUAAGAUUGGUGAGACUGAUAUGGCUAUUAGAUUGCUUAGGAAGAUGGAGGAAGGGAAGUUUAAACCUAAUGUGGUGCUCUAUAGCACAAUCAUUGACAAUUUAUGUAAAGAAAAAUUGGUAACUGAAGCUUUGAAUCUUCUAUUUGAAAUGAAGAAUAAAGGCAUUCAACCAAACAUUAUCACUUACACGUGCUUAUUUCAAGGCCUAUGCAAUUUUGGCCGGUGGAAGGAGGCUACUACUUUAUUGAAUGAGAUGGUGCAAAGGAAGAUCAUGCCAAAUGCACAUACCUUCAGCAUAUUGGUGGACACAUUUUGCAAAAAGGGGAAGUUGACAGAGGCGAAAGAAGUUUUUGAUGUGAUGAUUCAAAGAGGCAUUGAGCCUGACACUGUCACUUACAAUUCUUUGAUUGAUGGAUACUGUUUGCAAAACAAAAUGGAUGAUGCAGUCAAAGCAUUUAAUGUGAUGGUUGAGUGGGGUUGUUCACCUAAUGUGUAUAGUUAUAGCAUAUUGAUCAAUGGAUAUUGCAAGAAUAAAAGAAUUGAUGAAGCAAGGAGUCUGUUUCAUGAAAUGUCCAACAAAGGAGUGACUCCCAAUGUUGUGACUUACAACACUCUUAUAAGUGGUUUUUGUCGAGUGGGGAGACUACAGGUUGCACUAGAUUUAUUCCAUAAGAUGCAGGCUUGUGGCCAACCUCCAAAUCCCCAAACCUAUGCUAUAUUGAUGGAUGGCCUUUGUAAGAAUAAACAAAUUGUUGAGGCAAUAAAAUUGUUUCAGGGGAUGGAAGGCAAAACGUUGGGCAACGAUAUUGUGAUUUACAACAUAUUGAUUGACGGUUUGUGUAAUGCUGGGAAACUUACAGCUGCAAGAGAACUCUUUUAUAGUCUACCUGCGAAAGGAUUGCAACCCAAUGUUCGAACUUACACCAUAAUGCUCAAUGGGCUUUGCAAAGAGGGACUAAUAGAUGAAGCGAGUGAGCUGCUUGAGAAAAUGGAUGGGAACGGUUAUACACCUAAUGAUCGCACAUAUAACACAAUCAUCCAAGGGUUAUUGCAACACAAUGAGACAUCAAAGGAAGUGCUAAAGUUUAAUGUGACUACUGCUUCAAAAUAUCACAUGGUGAGGCUAUGGAAGGCAAUUGGAAAAGGUGGAGCAAUGACCAUGACAAUGGUUGAGGCCAGGCAUAAUCUGCACCGGAUGUUGAAUGAGGCUGUUUUGAGGGAUGCAUUGCUGCUCGUAUUUCCAAACAAGAAGGAUCUUCCAAAUGCCGUGGAUGCCACCGAUAAACUUGUUCUUCAAUCCCGGACAAUACCACCACUGAGAACAUGUGCCACUUCUAGGGAAUGGCUGUACGAGGGCCUAGACUUGCUUUCCCACAAUAUUUCUAUUAAGGGCUUAGGAGAUCACUCCGGAGCUCCACUGAAAUCCGACCCGAAUCGGAAGAGCUGUCAGAACUGCUUCUUCUUCUUCAUCAUCUUCUUCUUCUUCUUCUUCAGGGAAAUGGGUAAGUGUGAUUUUUCUGCUAAAUCAACAAGCUCUCUUCUUUUUAUAUGCAAUCGUUUGAGAAUUAGAGUAAGCCUUCCAUUUCAUUCUUAUUAUAAUUAUUCUACUCUUACCAGUAGUAAAAAUGCGGAAAGCCCAAAUAGGUUGUUGGAAUAUGUGAGAAAUGAGUGCAAAUCUGGAAGCUUUAGGAAUCUUGAUCAUGCCUUAGACCUGUUUGAUAAAAUGCUUCACUUAAGCCCUUUGCCUUCCAUUGUGGAUUUCACUCAGUUGUUGGGUGCCAUUGCGAGAAUGAAGCAUUACUCUCAAGUCAUUACUCUAAUUAAACAAAUCGAAUCAUAUGGUAUCUCUCCUGAUCUUUAUUCUCUUACUAUUUUGAUUAACUGCUUCUGCCAUUUAAACCGUCUAGAUUUUGGGUUCUCUGUCUUAGCAACGCUUUUCAAACUUGGUUAUCAGCCAAACCAUAUAACUCUAAACACUCUUGUCAAAGGGCUCUGUCUUCAAGGUAAAAUUGCUGGAGCUGUGAGGUUGGUAGAAGAAAUGGAGAAGAAUGGGCAUGAACCGGAUGCAGUUACUUGUGGAACGAUACUAAAUGCUCUGUGUAAGAUUGGUAAGACUGAUAUGGCUAUUAGAUUGCUUAGGAAGAUGGAAGAGGGGAAGUUUAAAGCUAAUGUGGUGCUCUAUAGCACAAUUAUUGACAAUUUAUGUAAGGACAAAUUGGUAACUGAAGCUUUGAAUCUUUUAUCUGAAAUGAGGAGUAAAGGCAUUCAACCAAACAUUAUCACUUACACGUGCUUAUUUCAAGGCCUAUGCAAUUUUGGCCGGUGGAAGGAGGCUACUACUUUAUUGAAUGAGAUGGUGCAAAGGAAGAUCAUGCCAAAUGCACAUACCUUCAACAUAUUGGUGGACACACUUUGCAAAGAGGGGAAGUUGACAGAGGCAAAAGAAGUUUUUGAUGUGAUGAUUCAAAGAGGCAUUGAGCCUAACACUAUCACUUACAGUUCUUUGAUUGAUGGAUAUUGUUUGCAAAACAAAAUGGAUGAUGCAGUCAAAGCAUUUAAUGUGAUGGUUGAGAGGGGUUGUUCACCUAAUGUGUAUAGCUAUAGCAUAUUGAUCAAUGGAUAUUGCAAGAAUAAAAGAAUUGAUGAAGCAAGGAGUCUGUUUCAUGAAAUGUCCAACAAAGGAGUGACUCCUAAUAUUGUGACUUACAACACUCUUAUAAGUGGUUUUUUCCGAGUAGGGAGACCCAAGGCUGCACUAGAUCUAUUCCAUAAGAUGCAGGCUUAUGGCCAACCUCCAGAUCCCCAAACCUAUGCUAUAUUGAUGGAUGGCCUUUGUAAGAAUAAACAAAUUGUUGAGGCAAUAAAAUUGUUUCAAGGGAUGGAAGGCAAAAUGUUGGGCAACGAUGUUGUGAUUUACAGCAUAUUGAUUGACGGUUUGUGUAAUGCCGGGAAACUUUCAACCGCAAGAGAACUCUUUUAUAGUCUACCUGCAAAAGGAUUGCAACCCAAUGUUCGAACUUACACCAUAAUGCUCAAAGGGCUUUGCAAAGAGGGACUACUAGAUGAAGCGAGUGAGCUGCUUGAAAAAAUGGAUGGGAACAGUUGUUCACCUAACGAUCAUACAUAUAACACAAUCAUACAAGGGUUAUUGCAACACAAUGAGACAUCAAAGGCAAUGAAAUAUCUCAAAAUAAUGGUUGACAAGGGUUUUUCGGCAAAUGCAACGGUUGCAACCAUGUUGGUUGACUUGCUGUCAUCUAAUCAAGUAGAUAAGAAUAUUCAAGAAUUGCUUCACAAGUUUGUGUGAAGGGGUUUUAGUUUCUCAAGAUCGAGGACAAGUUUCAUAUUUUUACCCGUCACAUGUCAAUCUGUAAGGUGCUAAAGUGUUACUGUGAGUCUGUGACUGCUGCAUCAAAAUAUCACACUGUGAGGCUGUAGAAGGCAAUUGGAAAAGGGGG